AUGGAGCGCGGGGACCGCGAGCCCCUGGUGAGGAGAGCGAGCUGCUCGUACCGCACCUUCCCCGACAGCACGGCCAGGAGGCUCGACAGGGAGUACCUGAGGAGUCUGCACAACAAGCGGCUCUACCUGGCUGUGUUCGCCGCUGUCCUGGGCAACUUCAGCUUCGGCUUCGCCCUGGUUUAUCCUUCCCCCGUCAUCCCUGCCCUGGAGGCUCAUCCCAGCCCUGCGCUGAGGCUGGACCAGCACACAGCGCCCUGGUUCGGGUCGGUGUUCACGCUGGGAGCAGCAGCGGGCGGGCUCAGCACGAUGCUGCUCAACGACUGCCUGGGCCGCAAGCUGAGCAUCAUGUUCUCGGCCCUGCCCUCGGCGCUGGGAUACGCGCUGCUGGCCGGAGCCCAGGGCCUCUGGAUGCUGCUGCUGGGCCGGGUGCUGACGGGCUAUGCCGGCGGGGUGACCUCCGCCUCCAUCCCGGUUUACAUCUCGGAGAUCUCCCACCCGGGGGUCAGGGGGAUGCUGGGUGCCUGUCCCCAGAUCAUGGCAGUGCUGGGCUCCCUGGUCCUGUACGCGCUGGGGCUGGUGCUGGACUGGCGCUGGCUGGCCGUGGCUGGGGAGGUGCCGGUGCUUGCCAUGAUCCUCCUGCUCUGCUUCAUGCCCAACUCGCCCCGGUUCCUGCUCUCCCAGGGCAAGGAGGAGGAGGCCCUGGGCUCCCUGUGCUGGCUGAGGGGUGAGGACACAGAUUAUGCCCGGGAGUACGAGCAGAUCAAGGACAGUGUGAGGAAGCAGAGCCGUCGUGUUUCCUGUGCUGAGCUCAAGGACCCCUUCCUUUACAAGCCCAUCCUGAUCGCGGGGGGAAUGAGGUUCCUGCAGCAGCUCUCGGGGGUCACCUGCAUCCUCGUGUACCUGCAGCCAAUAUUCAAGAAAACAUCUGUCAUCCUGAAAGCAGAGUAUGAUGCAGCUCUGGUUGGCCUGGUACGUCUGUCUGCAGUGGCCAUCGCUGCGGUGUCGAUGGACAAAGCUGGGAGGAAGAUUCUCCUUUUUGUAUCAGCUGGUGUCAUGUUGGCCUCCAACCUGACCAUGGGGCUCUACAUCCACUUUGUGCCAGCUUCUCACAACGGCACCGUGGCCAACACGAGCCUGGUGAGCUCUGCCAACCUCCCUGCUGGGCCAACGAACUACAUCACCCUCAUCCCCCUCCUGGCAACCAUGUUCUUCAUCAUGGGCUAUGCCAUGGGCUGGGGCCCCAUCACUUGGCUGCUGAUGUCAGAGAUCCUCCCUCUCAAAGCCCGUGGGGUGGCCUCAGGCCUCUGUGUGGUGGUGAGCUGGCUGACAGCCUUCACCCUGACCCAGUUCUUCCUCCCAGUCGUGAACGCCUUCGGCCUGGAGGUGCCUUUCCUGUUCUUCGCUGUCAUCAAUGCUGGGAACGUCCUGUUCACAGGCUGCUGUGUCCCUGAAACCAAAGGCAGGUCCCUGGAGCAGAUCGAGGCCUUUUUCAGGACUGGCAGGAGGUCGUUCCUGAGGUAGGAGCUGCCCCAGCCCAGGCUGGAGGGCAGAGCAAACCUGUGCUGCUGGAAGUGCAGCUGGAGCUCCCCGUGGCAGAGGAAGGGGCAGCAAUGAUCGUCUUUGCUCUGGCUGGAGAAGUUGCCAGCUGGAACUUUACCCUCUCUUCCUGUCACCCAACACUACCUAUUGCUCUCUGCACAACCUGUCAGUCCUUGGGAUGUCAAACCAGGGCCAGGCUGGAGGUAAAGGUGUCCUGGAAGAAUAAUGGUGUGGCUGUGGGCAGGACACCAUGGUUGUCCU